AUGCCUCACAAACACAAGAGACGUGAGCAAGAUGACUCCCAAUUUAAUCUUCCGCCGUCGAUGAUCGCGAAAGCACUUCCAGUGCGCGACCUAAACCAGCCAAAGAAGCAGACAAACGGCAAGAAGCAGCAGCAAAAGUCGAAGCAGCAGCAGCAAAAACAAGUCGCCGAGGGCAACAAUAAACCGACAAAUAGCCGCCGCAAGGGUGCCAAGGAAGAUGACACCCCGAAAGCGUUCCAGCGGUUAAUGCAGUUCCGAACAACUGGGAGACGGGCACCAUCCGGACUAGAGACUGGCGAAAAGCGAGACAAGAAGCGGAAGCGUGAGGAUGAAAAGGAAGGCCCAAGUAAGAAGUCUACGAAGGCAGAAUCUCAGCAAGCAGCCGAGGCCGAGGCCAAGGCCAAGGCCAAAUUGGCAAUGCCGAAGAUCCUUCCCGGUGAAAAAUUGUCUGAUUUCUCGGCGCGUGUUGAUCGUGCUCUGCCUCUCUCUCAAAUGUCAAAGUCGACCCUACCAAAUGGGGCUAAAAACCGCGAUCACAAGGUUACAAAGCAUGAGAAACAUUUGAAACGACUGCAGGCCGGUUGGCGUGCAGAUGAUAUUAAGAUCAAGGAGAAGGAGGAAGCAGAGCGUGAGGAGCGAGCUGAGGCGAUGGAAGAGCAGUUGGAAUUGAUGAAGGAGUGGGACUUGGAGAGGCGGGGUGGAAAGGCCAAGAAGAAGGGGGCUAUUCCAAAGAAGAAGAAGAAGGGUGCGAAUGCCGAUGCAGAUGUUGACAUUCACAGUGGCGAUGACGACCCUGAUCCAUGGGCUAAGCUGAAGAAGCGUGACAAGGAGCGCAAGGCCAAUGUCAACCCGUUCGAUGUUGCCAAGGCACCGCCAACGUUGCAAAAGCCAAGGGAGAUCUUCAAGGUCCGCGGAGGAGCUAAGGUUGAUGUUGCCAAUGUUCCGAAUGCCGUGGGCAGUUUGAGACGACGAGAGGAAUUGGCCGGUGAAAGACGAAACAUUGUGGAAGAAUAUCGUCGGUUAAUGGCAGAGAAGCGCGGACAAGUGCUGUGA